AUGGCUUUUGCGAGGUUGUUGGCUCAAAUAAUAAGGUUAAAAGCACAAUUUCCAGAUUAUGCAAUAAAAACAAUUUGUCUUGAUAAUGCUGUAUACCCAACAUUAGGGGGAGAACAAAAGCAGUUGGAAAAUGAGAUAGAUUGGAAUUCACUUUCACUGUCUCAUUUAGACCCUCGAACAAAUCAAUGUGAGCAAGAAGUUCAAAAGAUAAUUUAUUUGCAGAAUAUUGCAAAUCAACUGCCGGAUGCAUUUACUAACCUUCCACGGGUUACUAAAUCAUAUAUCCCAGCUGCUAAUGCUCAAGUUCGAGUUGAUGUCCUGAUAGGAAAAAAUGUUAAGGCAAAUGAGUCUGGACCACAUUUAAAACGUGGUAGACCAAUUGGUUCCAAGGAUAAAAAUCCUCGGAAAAGGAAAGAAAUAAAUGAUCAAGAUGGUCAUAAUAUGGAGGCAAUUGCUCAUGAAGAGCUCCAAGACAUAAUAAAUGAUGACACCAAAGUGGAGGUCCAUGUACCUGAAAAUAAUGAGAAUUAG